AACUUAAUGCAUCAUGUGAUAAGACAUUGAUACCUAACGACGCUUUCGACCACUUAGUUAAAGCAAAGAGCAUAUAAUAUAACGAUACUCUUUGAACUUUGGAGUAAGGACGUAUAUAAGAAUUCGGAAACGAAAUAAAAAAAAUGAGAAACUGCGGGACUUCUGCAGAAAGACGAACAAUUAGUAACCAAUGAAAAACCUCAUGUUUUAAACAGUCUGAAUUGAUGUUUUGUACAUAUUUUACAUUAAAACCUAAUGAUUUUCUACUUUGUUUUUGUAAUACAACACAGUUUGUUACGUAGAUAUAUGCAGAUAAGCUCUAAUUAGGUGUAAGCACUUUAUGAAUGAAAACUUUUCACCGUAAUUGUUAGGCUUUCUUACUUAUUCUUAUGGGAGUCUUGCCGGCACCAGUUCGUUUCACAACCGCGUGAUGUCACAUCAAAGCCAGCCGACUAAUGCACUAUGCGCAAUAGCAGACCAUACUCUUAUUAGGCCAUGGUCCCAUACAAAGUAGCGGUCGUGUCUUAAAACCCACAACCGUUCCCGGUUUGCUACUGUAGCGAACCAGUAACCGUCGAGUCUUAUGAACGCGCCUAAUUUCAAUUGUAGCGUUAAGUUGUGAUCCAACGUUUAAAAAAUGGAUAUACACGAAGGCUUCCUAUUAAAUUUGUAUAAUUACCUGCUAGGAGUAGAAGACAUCAAUAAUAAUAUUAUUAAAAAACAUAUACGAAAACUGGACCAAUUGGGAGAGUUUAGUGUGAACGCCAGUGUACUUGCACGAUUAAAUCAUUGCACUGACUCUGAUGUGAGCCAUAUUUUUGAAAGUAUUACAACUGCUAGCCGUAAUUGGAUAUUACCUAUCGCAAAAUGUGCCACUAUUAGGGAUACAUAUCAUUUAUAUGUGGAUCGACCAUUUACGUAUAAGCUGGUAGUCUCUUGUGUAAUAAAGAAUGGUCGAGGCUACGGUACAUGUAAUCUAAGCUUGAAACAACCUUUGUCUGUGUGUACUGAUCUUAUCAAUGAAAACGUAUCAACUAUGUCCCUUAGUGAGUUACGAGCAAUAUUAAUUAAAAGUGUUAUUGAUCGACUGUUAAGUUUUUCCCAUAGUUCUGCUAGUAAUUCAAAUACUGUUGAUAUUAACAUAACAUGCAAAGCAAAAAAAGGCACACCAAAAGGGAUUGUUUGUGCUCCCGUUUUAAGUAGAGAAUCAAAUGAACUAAAAGCUGUAGAUUUGUACAACAAGCGAACAAUUGAUAUGAGACUAAUGGCAGAACAUAAAUAUGGUCUAAGAGUCACUUCCAACUCAGGUUGGCGUGACAUAUUUAGGAAAUUGGGGGAAGCCGCCGUUACAAUAGAAAUAUUACAAAUCAAACCUAAUCGCCCCGUUAUUUGCAAUUUUAAUGAUUUCUCAUCUUCUUGUAGUAAAGGAGCAUCAUUUAUUCUUUACAACUGUGCAAGGCUUGCGACACUUUUAAAAGAAUUUCAACGUAAAGUGGAAUUGAAAAGUUAUCCUGAAUUGCCAGACCUUGACAAAAUCGACUUCUCGGUCUUAACGCAACCUGAAGAAUGGGAGUUAGCUUAUGGGUAUCUAUUGCAGUUUCCUACCAUCAUCAAUAAUUGUAUAAAAGAUAUUUGGGAAUGUAGCAUUAGAAUUCAUAACUUAUGCCAGCAUCUGUCAGCGAUGUGUUCCGUUUUCAGUGUUUAUUACCAACGUGUUCGAAUAUUAACUGAACCUCGAAAUCAUCUCUUCCCUUUCCUUCAUGCAAGGAUUUAUUUAAUAAGGUGUAUUGAAACUGUUUUACAUAAUGGAUUAUAUAUUUUGGGUAUAGAGCCUGUAAGCCAAAUGUAAAAAACUUUCAUAAAUUAUAUUUAAUUUC